GAUUGCUUUGUGUCUUUACUGGUAAUCAGAUUAGCUCCUUUUUUAUUAAUACACAAGCUAUUACUAUUACAUUUCUUCGUGUGAAUUAGAGGUGACAAGUUUGUGAGAAAAUAGUACAGCUCUAUCAAAAAAACAGAGAGCUUGCACAGUGUUUGACCAUAAUUUUUGUUACCUCCCCUCCAAAAAGCAGGCUGGGCGCUUCAUCGCUCUCAAACAUCGGAAGUAACAGGGAAUUUGGUUUAUAAGUCAUUUUAGAGUUAUCGUGUGCAGACAGAGCUUUGAUUACCUUGGGAAAAACAUUUUUUAUCGAGUCGUUUUUUUGUUCGUAUAAUCAGUUUCAGCAAAUUUUUCAGAAAUUACAAAAAUAAACUCUUUUCAAACGAAGUUGCAGUACUUAGUCUUCAUGAGCUUUGCUACAACAAUAGAAGAUGCUCGUUUGCUAUUUAUUCGAUUUUCUCUUGCCAGGGCUUGCUUAGAGUUUGUAGUGAUGUUGUGGAUAACCGAAAAUCGUAGAAUACUGAAAUUGCAAGGUGAGAGCUCAAAAUUAGAGUUAAAUUUAGAUUUUUGUUAGUUUGGGUGAUUGUAAGUCAGAGGUUAGUUCGUGUGUCUUUCACAAGGUCUCCCUUUGAUCUUAUGUUAUUGAUGAAUAGUUUUCUCUCUGUAAUGUAUUCUCAUUGAAAUGGAUAAAUCGAUGAUUUAAAUUUCAUUUGUUUUCUAAUUAUAUCGUUUCCUAAUUCUUACCGUUUUUUUCUUUAUUUUUAAGAUUUAUAAAGACUUCUACUCUCAGUACCGUGUCAAAAACAGGAACUACGUUAGAAAGAUUAGCGCGAGGCUGAGAGGACUGCAAUGAUGGAGGCUAUUAAAGGGCUUGCACGCCGAACCUCCCAGAGCCUUAAGGAAAAGGUUUCUAGAGUCGAUGCGAACCCUGAAGACACGUCCAUCGAAGAGGUCGCGCGAAAAGUGUCAGAACUGGUAGCUCGAAGUCGAUCCAUCUCAGAAAAGUUGAGUUACUCAAUAAGAUUGCUAGAGGACCUUGGAAAGACCCUCAAAGAAAUUGGUGAGGAGCACCGCCAAGCACCCGAUCUGGCGGUGGAGUCGAGGCAGCUCGCAGAGAGCGUCUAUGAAAUAGGUAUCAGACUCAUCGAGCUUUCGAGCGAACAUCGUAUAGGGCUGCAGAGUAAUUGCAUCGAUCUGCUCACACAUUUCACGAAAGAAUGUGUGAAACUCAGUAACCUUGAGGAUGUGCGCCGAUGCAAUCGACUCGAGUAUAACUUUUUCAAAUCUAAAGUCAACCGUUUGCGCGAAAAGCCGCCUAAAGACUUUUCUCGUAUCCCACGUAAUGAACAGAUUCUGGAGAACUGGCGCAUUGAGCUUUCGCGAGCCACGGAAAAUUACAAGAUUUUCAGCUCGCAGCUGUAUCUCAAAGGUCGCCAGUCUUUGGAUCGCAGUGUUUUUACAAUGGUGCAGGUCCUGAAAAGCUUCUUUGAAGGUGCCUUCAUGAGGUUUCGUCAAAUAUUUAGCACUUCACGGCUUCCCGAGUAUCCGACCAAUCCAAUCCUUCGGCCUACUCCCCUCCCGCCGGACCCUCCGCCGGCUCCUCAAUUCGCGGUGUCGGGUGCGUCUUAUCCGCUUCCGGGUGGAUCCCACGCCUUCCCGCGCGAUGAGCAGGAAUGGGCGGCCUCCAGAGGUUCACCGCCACCGCUCGAGGGAAACUCAGAAAGCGUUGACGAUCACGCCGCAGGGGCCUCGGUGGAUGCCAACGGCGACGGUGACGUAUCGCCGCAGAAUCCUAACGAUGCCGCGCUCCACAGCCCUGCGUUUCGCUCGGAUACCCUUCAGAGACCUCCCGUUGAUUCAUCUCUGCCUGAAGUUACCCCAUCGCGGGUAUCACUUGACUAUCCGAUCUCUCCAGACGAAUAUGAGCGGUGGUAG